AUGCAAAAAUUUACUCUAAAUUUUUUAAUAUAUACCAUUAGUGGCAUGUGGCGACCUAUCGAGUGGUCAUCAAACGUCGCUAAACUACUGUACAAUUUAUAUACUUUUAUUAUACUAGUCUUGGAAUACUUUUUAAUGAUAACCCAAUUCAUGGAUAUCAUUCUUGUUGUCGAUAAUAUCGAUGAUUUUGCCACUAAUACUCUAAUGUUCCUGACUAUUGUUGCUGUUACGUGUAAAGCGACCGUCAUUGUAGUACGUCGAAGUUCAAUCAUUAAUCUGGUGCAAUUAUUUUUUAAAGCACCGUAUAAACCUCGAGACGAAGAUGAAAUGGCAAUACAAAAAAAAUUUGAUAAGUUUAUCAAGUCCUGCACGAUCAAAUAUUCACUUUUGGUGACAAGUUCCAUUACAAGUGUCGUUGUAGGAUUAACGCUAAACGCAGUGCAUGGUCAUUUACCCUUAAGAGUAUGGUUGCCAUACAAUGUUACCUCAUCUUCGAUAUUCUGGUUUAUAUCUAUUCAACAGAUUAUAACUGCGAUUUACUGCGCAGUCAUAAACGUUGGUACAGAAACCUUAGUUUUUGGAUUAAUUUUGCAAACGUGCGCUCAAUUUGAAAUUUUCGAGACUCGUCUUCACAAAUUAAUAUCUAACAAAACACGUAAAUAUAUGAUAUCUACUUCAUCAAAUAAAGGAAAGGCAAUAAUUGCGGAAUCCAUUCAUCAUCAUCUCAGUAUUUACAAAUACGCCAAAACGGUAAAUAUUAUAUUCAAUCAAGUACUCUUCGUCCAAUUCUUUGCCAGUAUAUUAGUAUUAUGUACAAGUGUAUAUUAUCUGGCAGCACAUAUGAAUGAAUCCGAAAGUGCUUCUUUUAUAAUUUACACUAUCUGCAUGUGUGUACAAAUUUUUCUUUAUUGCUGGUCCGGAAACGAAGUCAUACUGAAGAGUAUGAGUGUAGGAAAUGCGAUAUAUCAUAUGGAUUGGCCCUUAUUAUCAGUCUGUGAAAGAAAGGAAAUAUUGUUAAUUAUGAUGCGUAGUACAAUUCCUUUAAAAUUUACUAGUAGCUUCUUGAUAACUUUAUCUCUCCAAUCUUAUGGUAGUAUCUUGAAAACAUCAUACUCAGCAUUUAAUGUAUUACAAAAAUUUACUGUCAUAUUUCUAUAUUGGCAGAGUAUGAGUAUAGGAGUUGCGAUAUAUCAUAUGGAUUGGCAUUUAUUAGCAACCAGUGAGAAAAAGGAACUCCUAAUAAUCAUGAUAAUGCAAAUAUUUUCUCUAAAUUUUUUUAUGUAUACAAUUAGUGGUAUAUGGCGACCUAUCGAGUGGUCAUCGAACGUCGCUAAGCUGCUGUAUAAUGCAUUUACUUUUAUUGUAAUAGUCUUGGAAUAUUUUUUAAUGUUAACUCAAUUCAUGGACAUCGUUCUUGUUAUUGAUAAUAUCGAUGAUUUUGCCACUAAUACUCUAUUAUUCCUCACCAUUGUUAGUGUCUGUUGUAAAGCGACCGUCGUUUUAGUACGUCGAAAAUCAAUCAUUAGUCUCGUGCAAUUAUUGAUGAAAGCACCGUACAAACCUCAAGAUGAAGACGAAAUGGUAAUACAAGCAAAAUGCGAUGAGUUUAUCAAGUCAUGUUCGAUAAAAUAUUUACUUUUAGUGAUCAGUUCCGUUACAGGCAUGACCAUAGGGUCAAUGCUAAACGUAAUGCAAGGUCAUUUACCUUUAAGAAUAUGGUUGCCAUACGAUAUUAACGCAUCUCCGGUAUUCUGGAUUAUAUCCAUUCAGCAGAUUAUAUCUACGAUUUUCGCGGCAAUCAUAAAUACUGGCACAGAAACUUUAAUUUUUGGAUUGUCUUUGCAAACGUGCGCUCAAUUUGAAAUUUACGAAAAUCGUCUUCGUAAAUUGGUGACAAGCAAAAUAGCUAGUUAUUUGAAACAUUUACCUGCUUCGUCGAAUAAUGAAAAAUUGAUUGAAAUAUCGGAGUGCAUUCAUCAUCACCUCUGCAUUUACAAAUUCGCUAAAACGAUAAACAUUAUAUUCAAUCAGGUACUUUUCGUUCAAUUUUUUGGCAGUAUAUUGAUAUUAUGUACAAGUGUAUAUUAUGUGUCAACACAUAUGAUGGAAGUCAAAAGUGCAACUUUGAUAAUUUAUACCUUUGGUAUGUUUGUGCAAAUCUACAUUCUUUGUUGGUGCGGAAACGAAGUCAUGCUUAAGAGUAUGAGUGUAGGAAAUGCGAUAUAUCAUAUGGAUUGGCCUUUAUUAGCAGCCAGUGAGAAAAAGGAACUCCUAAUAAUCAUGAUACGUAGCACAGUUCCUAUUAAGUUUACUAGUAGUUUCUUGAUAACUUUAUCUCUCCAGUCUUUCGGUAGUAUUUUGAAAGCAUCAUAUUCUGCAUUUAAUGUAUUACAAAAAUGA